AUGGCUGCCGGCCUGCCGUUCCGCGACAUCAACGUGCACUCGUCACCCUCGCACUACGCCUUCUCGUCGCCGUCCUCGCCCGCUGCACCGACGCUGGUGGUAGACCGCCCUAACGGUGACAUCCGUCUGCACGAUGGAAAGCUUCUGGGCUCGAAGCGCGUAUCCAGCAUUGCUGGCAUUCUGGGAAUGAUCAAGCUGCGGCUAGACAAGUACAUAAUCGUAAUUACCAAAGCCCAACCCAUGGGUAGAAUAAAGGGUCACAUGAUCUACAAGAUCGUAUCCACAGAGUUCUUGCCGUUGCGCGAGCGUCCACUUCACGAUCCUGAUGAGGACACGUACCUCAGCUUACUCAAGACCCUGAUCAAGACUUCCCCGCUGUACUUCUCCUACUCGUUCGAUAUCACCAACAGCUUCCAGCGACAGGCACACCUUGACCCUUCAGUGCCGCUAUGGAAGCGGGCCGACGACCGCUUCUUCUGGAACCGAUUCGUGCAGAGCGACCUGAUCGACUUUCGUGGUGGGCUCACUACGGGAUAUGGUCAGAGGCAUCCUAGCGGGCAGCACCCCGAGGUGGACUCAUUUAUCCUGCCUGUUAUGUAUGGCAUGAUGGAGAUCAAGAACACUUCCAUCAAGGGAACGCCGUUGACCUUCAUCUUGAUCACCCGUCGGUCACGGUUACGCGCGGGCACGCGUUACUUUUCCAGGGGCAUUGACGAAAACGGCAAUGUGUCCAACUUCAAUGAGACGGAACAAACCAUCAUACUCAACGACCAUGCUUCAGGUGGACUUGGUGGCUACGGAUCCAACCAGAACGGCGCUGCGGGUGGUAAUGCAGGCAAGGAGGUGCAGGUGCUGGCCUACGUUCAGACGCGUGGAAGCGUACCCGUCUAUUGGGCUGAGAUCAACACCCUUAAGUACACACCGAGGCUUCAAGUGCGUGGAGUCGAAAAUGCCCUCCCCGCAGCCAAGAAGCAUUUCGCCGAGCAGAUCCGCCUCUAUGGCGACAAUUGGCUUGUCAAUCUAGUCAAUCAAAAGGGCCGUGAGAAGAACGUCAAAGAGGCAUAUGAGCAGAUGGUUGACUACCUCGUCAACUCCCCUGAGGAGAACGUCGAAGGCGACCAAAUCACAUCCGAGAAAUUCCACGUUAUAGAACCACAGCAGGCCAAAACGACCUAUGACCGCAUCCACUAUGUAUAUUUCGACUUUCACAAUGAGACCAAAGGUUUGCAAUGGCAUCGCGCGAAGCUCCUCAUGGAUCAGCUUGCGCCACACGUUCUCAAACACGGCUACUUCCGAGGCGUAGACAUGCCCGGCGACUCCGGACGGGUCGAAGUUCGACGGCAUCAGACUGCUGUUGUCCGCACGAACUGCAUGGACUGUCUAGACAGGACAAACGUCGUACAAAGCAUGCUUGGUCGGUUCAUACUUUCGCGCAUGCUCAUUGAUCUAGGCAUCAUCCGCGAAGGCGAAAACGCAGAAGACGAUCAAGCCUUCGAGUUUCUUUUCCGCAACGUCUGGGCCGACAACGCCGAUAUUGUGUCCAAGUCCUACUCCGGCACUGGAGCACUCAAGACAGACUUCACCCGCCUUGGUAUCCGCACCAAGCAGGGCGCCCUCCAGGACCUGAACAAUUCCAUCACACGUUACUUCCUGAACAACUUCGCAGACGGCCCGCGACAGGACGCUUUCGAUCUUUUCCUAGGCACCUACCUUCCUUCAGAUUCUGCCAUCGGGGGCCAGCUGCUAUUCGCAGACCGUCGGCCCCUGUUCAUCCAGGCUAUUCCUUACAUCCUCGCUGCCAGCAUGUUCCUCGUCUUCGUGGGUCUCUUCACACGUCGCGCGCCCGAGGCGGCGGUGUGGCCGCUUCGAAUCAUUAUACUAGUUUGCUUGGCUCUCGCUGCUGUCUCCUUGAACUUCAUCUGGAGCAAUGGCACGCUUUACGUCAACUGGCCGAAGCUCAACCGGCUUCCCCACGCCAUCGAGUCGAUGCAGGAUACCCUAUCGCGCGUGUCGCACAAUCCUGUUGUUGGAGGCUUAGUCGGUACGAAGCAUGAGCGGGGCAAGAGUGAUGCGAGACUGUUGGGGCUGGAAGAGGGAAAGAAGAGGAUAGAGUAG